AAUCUGGUAGAGGAACGUCUCGGACGCCAAUUCCAUGCAUGCCCUCGAUGCGCAGCUGGUGCGUCAGCGCGGAAUUCGAAACUCCUGCGGACGGUGGAGCGUUUCUUGAACUCGUUUGGACGACGAGGAGUCGGAUCGCGGGUUCUUGAUGGUGCGAUCGAGAAGCUUGAGAUUCUUUCCAGGAGCGGAGCGGAAGUUCAUUGCGUGCCCGCUCGCACUCGUGGUCUCGAGCUUGAGAUCGGGCCCUCCGCAUGCAUCGGCGAGGUGAUGCUGGGCGUGAAUUGGAGGGCUUAGUUUGACGGAGAGGGCUUUGAGAAAGGAUGCCGAAGAAUAAGGGAAAGGGAGGAAAGAAUCGGAAGAGAGGGAAGAAUGAGGCCGAGGACGAGAAGCGAGAGCUUGUAUUUAAAGAAGAUGGGCAGGAGUACGCGCAGGUUCUUCGCAUGCUCGGGAACGGCCGAUGCGAGGCUCUGUGCAUAGACGGUACUAAGCGAUUGUGUCACAUUCGCGGCAAAAUGCACAAGAAAGUGUGGAUCGCGUCCGGGGAUAUCAUUCUUGUUGGUCUGCGAGAUUAUCAGGAUGACAAGGCCGAUGUCAUUCUCAAAUACCAGCCGGAUGAGGCUAGGUUGCUGAAGGCUUAUGGAGAGCUUCCUGAAAACGUUCGUCUGAAUGAGGGUAUUGCCGGGGACAUGGACGAUGAUGAGGAUGGCGAAGGGGAUGACUAUAUCGAGUUCGAAGAUGAGGAUAUUGACAGGAUAUGAUGCUGCUUCAAGCCCACUUUCUUAGUUAGUUGCGGUAAUGUCCAGGUAAUGCUCUGGAGGUCGGCUGUCCUAAGAUUAUCCGCGCUUUCCGAGAUUAAGGGCAUCAAUUUGGUAGUUUGAUAGCGCUGAGUGGCAUUGUGCUCAAUGUCCACGUGAUAUUCUGUCAAUCAACCCACAAUUAUUUGUCUUGUGGAAACAUUUUGAGGAUACGAUAUUACUAUCAAGGCAAAUCGCGCGGUAUCGAAAUCAAACUCGAAGUCUCGCAACUUGGAUUUCAAGACAGGUUUCGACUACCAAUUUACUUGGAGAAAUAAGGCUUCAAGAUUAAUUGUUGUACAUUCUUCGUUUUCGGCCAAUUUGAUAUUUACAAAACAUCGAUAUCGCUCCCUUG